GCUUUUAUGUUAAUUCUUUUUCUUUAUUACAUUCUCGUUGCGCAGUAUGGAGUGUCUAUUGCCACUCUGAAACUGAGAAAUCAUCUUCAGAUUAUAAUUAUUUUAAUUUUAGAUCUCAUUAGCAAUUAAUGUUACAUAUCUUACUCGAAGAUUUUUAUCGCUUGAACUUUCAUCUCAAUAGCAAUUCAUGUGUUCUUAUUAUUUCCCUUUUCAGUCAGUUUAGAGUCAUCCACAUGUCCACUAUCGAAUUCAAAACUAUAAUAGAAUCCAAAGGUGUACCAUACACAAGAUUUGUUUCCUAUGUAUCAAAAAUACAAAUGUUUGCCUCCCAAUAAAUUUAACACCUAAAAGCAUCAGCACUAUUCAGGUUUUUAUUAAUGAUUCAGCCCCAUCAUAGAGAUCGAUUGGGAAUACAUGUGAUGAUUAAAACAGAUGGCUCUCCAACUGAUUGUGGAAUGUCUAUUGCUCAAGAAAGUUGAUUGCUUAAUAUAUGUUAGCAGGAUGUCAUCACCUUUGGAGAUAAAGGGUCCAAGAAAUACAACCUCACUUUCUCAAUCAGAGAACUUUGAGGAUUAUGAAGUUUCCUUCAAAUUAUGUCCGUUACUCAACCUCGAGUGGCACCUUACAGCUAGUGGGAAGUCAAGAAAGUAUAUCCUGCUCGGAAUGAAGUCAAGCGAAAUAGAUUUCCUUCAUUGGCACUCUCAUCAGUCAUCAAUCAGCGAAACAGAGAAAUCAACGGUUUCAAAAUUCUCUGGAACCCAUUUCAAGCUUCACGCCUUCAAUUCUAAUGACACCCAAGACACAGAAGACAUCAACAUAGUAGAAGAAUUCAACCCAAUACCCAUUUCAACCCAAGUUUUCGAUUCCUGCUUCACCUGAUGAGAAGAAGUUUAUGGGUGAGAAAGUUACAAAGCUGAAAAUAUCUUCUUCUAUCUUUUGUUUUACACAUCUUCUGAUUGAGUUAUAAUACAUGCCUCGCUUCUAUACAAGAUGAGAAACCAUAAAAUGCCUUUAUGAAGUGUUUGCGAAGUUGAUGUCACCUAAUUCAGAUUUCACUGAAUUAAUUUUUGAACCAAAUUAAUGCAUAUGUUUGCUCUAACGUUGAAAAGGAAAAACGUUGAAUGAUAUGGAUAUUUUCCUUUUAAGAAUACAAAGUCGCGAUAAAGGUAGAAAAUUUAGAUGGUAUUAAUUUUGAUAUGGAUCACCGUUGAGAACUUUGCCUGAGGUAUUAAAUUCUAUUUUCCCUCUUUAGAAAUGUUUCAUGUAGCUCCUAAUUGUGAUGCUUCAUUUACAUAUUUUUAAAAUUU